AUGGCGGCUUUCAUGUCCGCCGUGCCCAUUCCCGGGACGGCGACAGAUGCGCAAUCUGUCAGGCCAAGUAUCAUCCUGACCCGGUAUUGCCAGACCAAGAACUGCCGCAACAUGCUCUGUUCGGGCACUGAGGACAAGCUCUGUGAGCAGUGCCGGGACAUCAUUGGCUCUCGCGCUGGAGGCGACACUGUCAGGGCAGCGGCGGAAGCCGACGACUCGCUGCUCCAAACCGGCAACCUCGGCCUCAGCAACCCUCAGGCCUCAUUCCUCAGUGAGGCAACUCACGACAUCAAUUGGUACUCUGAUCGCCAGUCUGUCGGUCCCGCCAUGCUGGGAGCAGAGAAUGAUCCAUACGCUGCCCACCUUGCCAUGCUUGAUGAGCGUCAGCAGAAUCGRGCACGUAAACUGGAGCGGGAGACGGAAGAGGUGGACGGGCGCUGGCGUACCAGACAGUCCGCCACUGCUCUGCUGGGAAGCUCGCCACCGCGCGUCUCUCGUUCUCGCAGACCAGAAACGGACCGUGGGGUGGCGGUGGCUGUGGAUGCGUACCGGCCCAGUGGCCGCUAUUAUCUGAGCGAGAUAGAUGCCUAUCGGCCAGGCAGGAGCAGUCCCGCUCACGCCCAUCGAACCUCUGAAAUUGAUCGGUCAUACGAGAGAGGCCUGCGGCAGGUGCCGAAGCUUGAUACGCUGACUUCAACCGCCCUCGCCCUUCGCCCUCCCAACAAGCGAAAGCUGCAGGACGAGAUCGCUCGAAAUGAGGCCAGUAACAAGUCGCUGGCAAAUCCAAGUCAGUCGGCCCGCUGCGGCAAAAGGCAAUGCAAUAACAUGGCGGAUAUUGGUAAAGAUCGGUGCAAAGCUUGCUAUCGUGCAGAAGGCCGGCAUCCCGAGGACGAGAGGAGGCGCUGUGCAUCGAGCAAUUGCACACACUGCAUAUCAGAUGCAAUUGAUGGCGAUCUAUGCAGAGUCUGUCUUGAUGUCGAGCUUGGUGAGAGAAAGAGAUGUAAUGGUCUUCACUGCCGCAUUGUCUUGCAAAAAGGUGAUCCUGAUCUACUGUGCCUGGGCUGUAAGCGUGGCACAGUACCUGCGCGGUACUGUAAGACCCAGAACUGCAAUGCGUUAAUUCCACCAAGCGAGCGUGGAAACCACUGCAAAUCACACGCAUCCGCAAAACAAGCACCUCCAAAGCAAGCGGCAAAGAAAACGCCUAUCCGGAGCUGUAGCCGGCCAUCUUGCAACAAUGACAUCGCGGCCAACAUUCCAGGAAAGCUUUGCCGGGUAUGCCUUGCCUCUCAUAGAGAGACACAGUUCGCGAAGCAGCAAAGCAUGAGCAAUCCACUGCCUGUCUACCAAGAUUAUCGGCACAGGAUGUCAUACAACGAUCAUCCUCCACGGCAAUUCGUGGGAGAGCCGUAUCAACCUCAGGACCGAUUAUACCGGCAAACUUUCCUCGACCAAUCGCACCAGCAAAAUUUCCAAGAUCAGGCAUAUCAACAGAUCUUCCAGACCAACCGGUACCAGCAAGGCUUCCAGCUAAAUCCGAUGCACGACCAGUACCAACGUCUCAUGGCGCCUCAACUGUUCCAGCAACAAGAGCCACAAUUCAAUCCGCAGCCCAUGUUGGACCAGUCUCACCUGACGCCGCAGCUAUCGGCCCAGCGCUACAGCCACCCCAGUGGUCGACCACAACAGAUUGGGCCACAUGUUUCGCACUUCCCGCGCCAGCAACUCCGCCAGGAAUCAGUGUACCGCCAUGACUCUCCACUUGCCGUGCCAGAGCUCGCAUUUGACCGUCCCCAGCUUCCCAAGCCGUCAUUAGACACAACAAGGUCACUCAGCGAUAUUUCUGCCCCUGCUCGUCACUAUCGAGUGACGACAAUGCAACGAAUGCUGACGGCUCCUUGCUUUGGCUGCCUUCGAGAUCUGGGUGAGCAAGAAGCCUCAACGCACCCGCAAAUCUAUUGCAUUCAUCUACCGUCGGCAAUACGCCAGACCGUCCUGCUCGAUUACGAGCAGUGGAAGCGCAUAUGUGCUUCUGGACAGCAAGCCGAGUUCGAUCAGAGUUUUUCUGAUGUUAUCAAGUCGGAGAGAGUCGAAGAUGGAGCCGCGAUUACUGUCAAGCGGGAGAAUGAAGAUGGCGAAUCAUUGCAUCCUUCUUCUUGGCCGACGGUCACCGAGCCAAGGCAUUCCCGCGAUGUCUCAGAGCAGUUUGUAAUUUCCGGACAGCACAGCAAUCCCUACGAUACGAUCACAAAUGAGCCACAGAGUCGCAUGUCGCAGCCCGCGUACCCAACGGAGACUUCCGGGGAUCCGGCCGUCAGCGUUACGAGUCCGAGCGCAGCAGCUGCAUCGCCGCACACUAAUUCUGAUGUGGCAGUCGGCGGACUGUCUAAAGACUGGGCCACGGACUCCAUUCGAGAGUUGCUGGAGCUAAAGGCUGCUGCAGAACCGGGUACGCCGCUUGAAGUUGCAGUCGCCCUCCAGCAAGAGCUGCGUAACUGCUUGCUGCUUGAUGUMACUAAGGGUGACCCUCAAGAUGGGGAGCCGUCGGCCAUAGGUCUGCUGCGUGUUCUCGACCAGAGGGUCGAGACUCUUCGUGGUGGACCUGCCGACGGCUGA